GCUUUUUCCUGACUUUUCCCGCUGCGGGUUGUGUUUUGUUUGGUUUCCGUUUGUUUGGUUGUUUGACUAAGAGGUGGAAAUUCGGAUAAGUUAAGUUCUCUUAUAACUCGAGGCGAAAAGGGAUAUGUAACUGUUCUCUCGUGACUUUUUCAUCAAGUUGAUGCUGUUUCUUUUGUUCUGUGUUCUUUUGAAAAAUCGCCUAACCCAAGAAACGACUUAAAAGAUUUGUUCAAUAUUCUGAAGAUGAGAACUCUUUUCUUUGCCUGCUGCAUAGUUUUUAUGCUAUAUCAAGCUUCGUCUUCAUCAUGUGGAUAUGAAGCGUGCCCAGCUGGCAAACUUGAUAUGUUAAAUGUGCAUAUUAUUAUGCAUACUCAUGAUGAUGUUGGAUGGUUGCAUACAGUGGAUAGUUACUAUGAAAUGUGGGUCCGUGAAAUUAUAACUUCUGUGGUCCAAACUUUGAUGCAGAAUGAAAACAGAAGAUUUAUUUAUGUUGAAUCAGCAUUUUUCACUAGAUGGUGGGAAGAGCAGACUGAUUUGACUAAAGAAAUUGUUAGAAGACUAGUUAAUGAUGGACGACUUGAAUUUAUCAGUGGAGGAUGGAGUAUGAAUGAUGAAGCAACUACUCAUUAUUUAGCUAUCAUUGAUCAAAUGACACUUGGAUUGCGCUUUUUAAAUGAAACUUUUGGAGUUUGUGGAAGGCCAAAAGUUGGGUGGCAAAUAGAUACAUUCGGACACUCUCGAGAACAAGCAUCAUUGUUUGCUCAAAUGAAAUUUGAUGGUCUUUUUCUUGGCCGGUUGCAUUAUCAAGAUAAAACAUUUAGAGAGAGGACUAAGACUAUGGAGUUUAUUUGGAAAUCUAGUCAAAGCUUAGGUGAAAGCAGUGACAUAUUUACUGGAGUUUUGCCUAAUGUAUAUUGGCCACCAAAAGGAUUUUGCUUUGAUACCUUCUGUAAUGAUGAGGAACUUACAGAAGAUAAUAUCAAUUAUAAAGCUCAUAGCUUUAUAGCAACUGCACAAGAACAAGCUAAACAUUAUGCCACAAAUCAUAUUGUUAUGACUAUGGGCAUGGAUUUUCAUUUUAGAGAUGCACCUAAAUGGUUUCGAAAUAUGGAUUACUUAAUUGAAUAUGUGAAUUCUUUGCAAGCUGUUGGGAUGAAAGUUAAUAUGUUCUAUUCUACACCAACCUGUUAUUUACAUAGUCUGCAUGAAAGUAAUAAAAGUUGGACAAAGCAGCAAUCUGAUUUUUUCCCAUAUGCAUCAGGUCGACAUGAAUACUGGACUGGAUAUUAUACUAGCAGACCAGCUCUUAAAUAUCAUGCCCGUCGAGCAAAUGCUUUCCUACAGGCUUGCAAGCAGUUGAUAGCAUUAGCAGAUGUGAAAAAUGCAGAUUCUUUAACACUGAAAAAAGCACUUGGUGUUAUUCAGCAUCAUGAUGGCAUCACAGGUACAGAGAAGCAGCAUGUUUCUGAUGAUUACUCAAAAAUGUUGUAUCAAGGAUAUGAAUUAUGUGAGGAUGCUGUUGGGAAAGCCAUGCGCUUGCUGUUGUCAAAUGAUACCAUAUUGCCUCGACUUGAUUUUUGUGAACAUCUGAAUGUCAGCCAGUGUGUUUUCACAGAGUUAGAAAGACAAUUUCUAGUUGUGGCCUACAAUCCAUUAGCCCAUCCUGUGAGAACCUAUUUAAGAUUGCCUGUCAUGAGGGAAGGAUACUCUGUCAGGCAAGUGAACAAACGCAGACGUUCAGUUCCAGCCCAAGUUCUUCCCAUUCCACCAUCUGUAAUAAGUCUUCCUGAAAGAUCUAGUUUAGCUGUGAAUGAAUUGGUAUUCCCAAUAUCUCUGCCACCUUUGGGAUUCUCUGUUUAUGGGGUGCAAAUCCAGGAUGAUUAUGAACCUGAAUUAGACAUAGAAAGUGAGCGUAUGCCGUUUACUGUUCAAGAUACUGUUAUUCAAAAUGAGAAUUUGAAAGUUGUCAUUGAUGGAUUUUCUGGCCUUAUGAAAGAAAUUAUAUUUGUACAAAGUAACCAAGGAGUGCCAGUAAAACAAUCAUUUUAUUAUUAUGAAGGAAUGCCAGGCUAUAGAAUGGAAAGAGCAUCUGGGGCUUAUGCUUUUAAUCCUCAACAUGAUACAGCAUAUCCAUUAGCUGAGAAUAUUACUUACAGAGUAUUUAAGGGACCACUAGUUGAAGAAGUUCAUCAAUUUUAUGCACCUUGGAUAACACAGAUAAUUCGUUUGUACAAAGGACAAAAUCACAUUGAAUUUGACUGGAUUAUUGGGCCUAUACCUGUUCAUGAUCACAUUGGAAGAGAAAUUAUAACUCGUUUUGAUACUGAUUUAGAAAAUAAUGGAAUAUUUUAUACUGAUAGUAAUGCAAGAGAGACUAUAAAGCGAGCUCGAGAUCAUCAAGAGAAUUUCCCUUGGAAUAUAACUGAAAAAAUAGCUGGGAAUUAUUAUCCAGUGACAUCAUGGAUAUACAUAAGGGAUGAAGCUCGCAAUUUGCAAUUGUCGCUCCUUACUGAUCGAUGUGAAGGUGGAGGCAGCAUUGUUGAUGGUUCCAUUGAAUUGAUGUUGCACCGACGACUUCUCUUUGAUGAUGGUUAUGGUGUUAAUGAAGCUCUAAAUGAACCUGGAUUUGACGGAAGAGGCCUUGUUGUCCGUGGAUCUCAUUAUCUUACCCUUGGACCUAUAGAUGACAUGACGCCACUUAACAAACGAUUAACUAAAAUACGAUUUCACACUCCUGUGCUUGGAUUUGCAAGGAUUCCAUAUUCAAAUCUUUCUCGGUAUUCUUUAAAUGAUUUCCGUGGCUUAAAACGAAGGCUACCACACAAUGUACACCUUUUAACUUUAGAGAAAUUAGAUGAUCAUAGGAUUCUGUUAAGGUUAGAACAUUUUUAUGAAGUAACAGAUGAACCUGAAAGGACAGUUACUGUUUCUCUCAAUAACCUUUUCAGACCAUUUAGAGUAAUAUAUUUUCAAGAAACAACACUUUCAGCAAACAAAUAUUUAUAUGAAGUAGAAAAGCUGAAAUGGAGAUCUCAGGAUGAUGAAGAUGCUGCUUAUGAGAAUGAGUUACCUCCAACACCUGCAAAUAAUGAGCUGGCAGAUGUUAUGGAAUCAGAAGCAAAUGAAGGCUAUAUGGUCAAUGACAGUGAAGACGACCAUCUGAGAAUAACAUUAAAACCUAUGCAAAUUCGAACAUUCAUUUUAAAAAUAGAUUAUAAUGCUCAUUAUUAAAAGAGUAUUAUUUUGUUUGUGCAAUAUUUGAUGUAAAUAUGUAGGUUAAUUAGGCUGUUAUUGAGCUAUUCUAGCACACUUUGUUUUAAUGCAUUAUUGUGACGUUGUAGGCACAAAGUGAUACAUAAAAUGCUGUAUAUUUUUAUGUAUUAAAAUAACUUAUUAUCACACUGAUAUUUUGAGAAAUGUGAUUUAUAAAUUAUUGUGUUUUUGCUGUGGAAAAUAAAAUUUUAUUUUUGAAAA